AUGGAAUACGACGAAGCCAUGCAAGAAGUUGACAUUUUGGAUUCAUCUCCUUCACCAACUACCAGUACUACUACUACUCUGAAAUCUAACACUUAUCGAGAAACAGAACUACAGUUACAAAUUGAUGAAUUAGUAGAAGAAAUCGCACAAAUAGAAUCUAAAAUUAUUAAUAAAAAUGGUCAGGAUAGUAGUUCAACGUGUAGUGGGAACGGAAAAAAGAGAGAACGCGGUAAAGGUAUUGAAUGUGACGAUAUUGCUGGAAAUGAUGAUAUCUGCUGGGAAGAAUUUGAAGCACCAGAAUGGUGUGUACCAAUCAAAGCGGACGUGCUAACAUUUGAAUGGGAUGUAUUCGCAAAAGAAUGUCAAUUUGAUGUAAUUCUAAUGGACCCUCCAUGGCAAUUAGCAACUCAUGCUCCAACUCGUGGUGUUGCAAUUGCUUAUCAACAGUUACCAGAUAUUUGUAUCGAAGAAUUGCCCAUACCGAAAUUACAAAAAAAUGGAUUUUUAUUUAUAUGGGUAAUUAAUAACAAAUAUUCCAAGGCUUUUGAAAUGAUGAAAAAGUGGGGAUAUUGUGAUGAUAUUACAUGGGUAAAACAGACUGUAAACAGAAGAAUGGCCAAAGGACAUGGUUUCUAUUUGCAACAUGCAAAAGAAACUUGUUUAAUGGGAAGAAAAGGAAAGGAUCCACCAGGAUGUAAACAUUCGAUAUCUUCUGAUGUAAUAUUUUCGGAAAGACGUGGUCAAAGUCAAAAACCAGAAGAAUUAUAUGAAAUGAUUGAAGAAUUAGUUCCAAAUG